CCUUCCUUCAGGAGGUUCAAGCUGGGACCCCAAAACCUAAGUACAAGACCUGCCCCCCAAAGGAAGUGGGCUGAGGGCUAGCCAGGGCUCCCCUCCCUCUGCAGAGCCCAGGAUGUCCCAGGGCUGUAGCCCCCCCUGAGCUCAUGGAGCCCUCUGCUACCCCUGGGGCCCAGACAGGGGUCCCCAGUGGCAGCGGGGAACCUUCCCACGUGCCUCCAGACUAUGAAGACGAGUUCCUCCGCUACCUGUGGCGGGAUUAUCUGUACCCGAAGCAGUACGAGUGGGUCCUCAUAGCAGCCUAUGUUGCUGUGUUUCUCAUAGCCCUGGUGGGCAACACGCUGGUCUGCCUGGCCGUGUGGCGGAACCACCAUAUGAGGACGGUCACCAACUACUUUAUCGUCAACCUGUCCCUGGCUGAUGUGCUGGUGACAGCCAUCUGCCUGCCAGCCAGCCUGCUAGUGGACAUCACUGAGUCGUGGCUCUUUGGCCCUGCCCUGUGCAAGGUCAUCCCCUAUCUUCAGGCCGUGUCUGUGUCUGUGGCUGUCCUGACUCUCAGCUUCAUUGCGCUGGACCGCUGGUAUGCCAUCUGCCACCCACUAUUGUUCAAGAGCACAGCCCGGCGUGCCCGUGGCUCCAUCCUGGGUAUCUGGGCUGUGUCGUUGGCUGUCAUGGUGCCCCAGGCUGCUGUUAUGGAAUGCAGCAGUGUGCUGCCAGAGCUAGCCAACCGCACCCGGCUGUUCUCUGUCUGUGAUGAACACUGGACAGAUGACCUGUACCCCAAGAUCUACCAUAGUUGCUUCUUCAUUGUCACUUACCUGGCCCCGCUGGGCCUUAUGGCCAUGGCCUAUUUCCAGAUCUUCCGCAAGCUCUGGGGUCGCCAGAUCCCUGGUACCACUUCAGCCCUGGUUCGGAACUGGAAGCGGCCCUCAGACCAGCUGGAGGCCCAGGGGCAGGGUCUGAGCACAGAGUCCCAGCCCCGGGCCCGUGCCUUCCUGGCGGAGGUGAAGCAGAUGAGAGCUCGGAGGAAGACGGCCAGGAUGCUGAUGGUGGUGCUGCUGGUCUUUGCCCUCUGCUACCUGCCUAUCAGUGUCCUCAACGUCCUCAAGAGGGUGUUUGGGAUGUUCCGCCAGGCCAGCGACCGGGAAGCCGUCUAUGCUUGCUUCACCUUCUCCCACUGGCUGGUGUAUGCCAACAGCGCUGCCAACCCUAUCAUCUACAACUUCCUCAGUGGCAAAUUCCGGGAGCAGUUUAAAGCUGCCUUCUCCUGCUGCCUGCCUGGCCUGGGUCCCUGCAGCACUCUAAAGGCCCCCAGUCCUCGCUCAUCUGCCAGCCACAAGUCCUUGUCCUUGCAGAGCCGGUGCUCCGUUUCCAAAGUCUCUGAGCACAUAGUGCUCACCACUGUCACCACAGUACUGCCCUGAGGAGAGCUGCUUCAAAGGCUCUGGGAGAUACAGCCUGAUCCUUGCCUGGACUGCUCUUCUGGCUGCUGGGAUCCACUCCUGAGCCUCACAGACAAACUACUUGUACAGUGAGAGGCUGGGGCUCCAGUCCUGGCUUUCUGUCUGGGUGACUCUGAGUAAGUUCUUCCCCCUCUGAGCUUGUGUUCCCUAAGCAGAGUUGAUGUGAGGAUUAAGCAGUUCAAGAAAGAGGAGAGCUCUCUGUAAACUAUACUAUGCUGUGGACAUGGUUACUGUUGUACUUCUCUCACAUGGUCAUACCCUACUGUACCAUCCAUCCUCAUCACCCUUCCAGAGCUUGGCCUUCCUCCCAAAGACCCCUCUCCAAUCCAAUUAUAGGCCUUCCCUGGAGUCAGCUCCAAAGGUCCCCACAGGCGUUUCCAUCUGGCUCAGGGGCUCCCUAAAGCCAAGCUGCACUUGGCCAGCUGCUCUGAUGCCUAUGUGACCUAAUCUAAGCCCAGCCCUUCUCCAGUAAGCUCUGAACACAGCCCACCCUCACCAGGUGCCAAGUGCA